CUGGCCUACGUGCCCUCUGCGACUGCCCGUAAUGCGGCCAUUGUAUGUGGAUUUACGGGUCUACUAAUUCUAACAUGCUACCUCAUAUUUUCCCCGCGCACUGGCAUGCGCCAGAUUUUGCCCAUCCGUGCGCAAAACGGCAAUGCCGGCGAUGAAGGAAUGAGGGAGCGACUAAGAGAAUGCUCUUGUCCUGAAGUUUCUCCUGUCAGCAAGCCUACGAAAGUGUGGUCCGUGAAAGAGGGCAUCAAUUCGACUAUGCACGAAUGGAGGCCGUACCAGAUCUACUUUGUGGGAGAUCAUUCAUACAAAGAAGCUCAGCAAUCCGGUGACUUCAUGAAGUACGCCGAAGGUCUCUUAACGCAGGCAACACUAUACAUCAACAAGUUGAUCUUGGAUUGCGCAGUGAAGCUCCUUGUUCUAGGAACGACUGUGUUUACACACGAACAAGAACGGAAAUACCUGCGGUCAGAAUCACUGAACCUGACUGGAUUCCUUUCUGAAGAUGAGACGGCGAGGAUAUCUGAUAUAGUGAUCGCACUGUCAAGCUCCCCAGUCAAAGCUACAGAUGCAAACUUCUUCGCCCAAAAGAGCGAAUCUCUAUGCACCAAGGACAAGUUCAUCGUAAUUAUUACAUCGCCGUUCAAUUACUAUGACUUGGAUUCCUCCAUUAGUCUCGCCCUGGUUAAAACGUUGGGCUUCCCAGGGCACCCCUGCCUUGGAAUUAGCGUACAGAUGAACUCAUGCUGCAGAGUGAUGAAAAACUUGUAUAAAUACGGAAGCUGAGAGACAGUGGGGACCGUACCUACUUCGUGAAAUAUUUCCGAAUGGGUCCCGAACAGUUCGAUAUUUUGCACAGACUGGUGGAAAAGGACCUAACAAAGGCUCACUUGUGCAGAGAGCCAAUAUCUUCAGCAGAGAGGUUGGCAUUUACACUGAGGUAUCUCUCGUCUGGAAUAGACUUCAAAGAUGUUGCAAUGGCCUAUAGGGUUGGUAUAGAAACAGCUCGAGAGGCCAUUCAUUUAACCUGCGGUGUCCUGUGGGAGAAACUUAAGGACUUGUACAUGAAGCCACCAAGUCCGACAGAAUGGGCAGAGAUCUCAAGGGGUUUUGCAGAGCGAUGGCAGUUCCGCAACUGCAUUGGGGAUGUCGAUGGAAAGCAUGUCAGGAUUGUAGCACCCAAGCGCACUGGCUCCCUGUACUACAACUAUAAGGGCACGUUUUCUGUAGUGUUGAUGGCUGUUGUGGACAGCCGUUACAGAUUCGUGCUCAUCGACGUUGGAGCAGAAGGCCGUCAGAGUGAUUCCGGCGUCUUCAAAGCAUCGCCAAUUGGACACCAUCUUGAGAGUGGAACAUUGGGCAUUCCAGGGAUUAAAAAGUUGCCCAACAGUGACCUCCUGGUGCCUCAUGUGUUCAUCGGUGAUGAGGCGUUUCAGCUUCGACGUGACUUCUUGAGGCCUUAUUCAGGUCUUAAUCAGCCAACAGAAAGGAGGGCGUUCAACCUUCGACUG